CAGGGGAGUAUUUGGUCGGGAGGCCCAUCGGUGGCGUUUUGCUCCAAUCGCAACUUAUCAUCGCAAUUGUAAGAUGCCUUCCUACAGCCAAGAACCUGAAGACCAGAACACCUCGGCCAAGGCCCGUGGUCGCCACUUGCGCGUGCAUUACAAGCACUGCCGUGAAGUGUGCCACACCAUCAAAGGUUACUCGUUGGUCAAGGCCAAGAAGUUCUUGGGCGAUGUGUUGGAAUUUAAGGCCGCCGUGCCUUUCACCAAGUACACCGGAGGCCCUGGCCGCCACGCUCAAGGUAAGCUCUUGAACGCGCCCGGUGACAAGUGCCGAUGGCCCCAAAAGGCCACCCGCAUCAUCUUGGACUUGGUCAAGAACGCGGAAGCCAACGCCGAAUUGAAGGAAUUGGACACGAGCAAGUUGUACAUUGCCCAUGCCCAAGCCAACAUGGCCAUCAAGCAACGCCGCCGCACCUACCGUGCCCACGGUCGCAUUGGACCCUACAUGGCCAACCCGGCCCACAUUGAAUUGAUCCUCACCGAAAAGAAGGACAAUGUGGCCAAGGCCGAAGAGCCCAAGACGGCCAAGUUGACCCGCAAGCGCCAAGCUGUGCUCCGCUUGAAGUCUGGUGGUGGCGUCGCCGCCAACUAAGGUCGUUGUUGUCACGACAAGGAUGUUUGGACAGGCUGGUAACCUUUAAUAAACUUGCGAUGCGAACGCGAUGGCGCACUGGCAGGUUUGAAGGCAACCAACCGUUUGUCCGUGGCACUGUUUGUACGUGUAGGCCAUUGUUGUUCCGUGUGUCGUGGCUAGGUUGUUCCGUCCACCUUCGUUGAUGGCGUAAUGUUGCACAUCGCGUGGUCAAAUACAUGUCAACUAUAGGGGUGUUCGAGAUCUACGAAGUAGUAGAAGCAAAGUAGUACUACUAGGAGUACAUACUGCAAUAACGUAAAUGGCCAAUUUAUG